GCGACAGCUGGUAAUCGUGCGGCAUGGAUGGACAGCGCUCGACAUCGUUGGGCCUGCAUCUUGUGACCGAAAUCCUCCAUUUCCCCCGACAACCUUGCACCCUGCAGUCCAUGCCAUGAAUUUGUGGUGCCUUCGCUACUCGCGAGUCAAAAGCUUUCACAACUGUAGCUCUAUUCACUGCCAGGACAGCACUACGCGACGUAAACGAGGACUUGCAAGCUCCCGCGAGCGCAUCGCGUCCUCUUGUAACGGGUUCACACCAGGGGAGCCGUUUCGUUCGCACUGAGUUCGUAGGCUCGCCGUGUCCUUGUCGUGGUCAUGCAUGUUGCAAUUCGACAAGCCGAGCAAUGCGACCACCUGCGGCGGAUCUACGACCGCCGUGUGGACGCGUUGGAGCAGACCAUGCUCGUCCUGCUGCGGAACGCCCGCGUCUACGAAGAAACGGUCCACAACAUGCGCAACUUUGUCGCAACGUCGCUGCAGUGCAUGUAUCGCGGGUGGAAAGGUCGCGAGGUGGCGAGUUCCGCGCGACAUCGACACGUGUCUGCGAUUCAAAUCCAGCGAGUCAUCCGUGGCAGGCUAGGUCGCAAGAAGGCACUGCGGGAGCGGAGGCGGCAAAACAUGGUGCUCCAGAGCCCGUGGGCCAUGCGUCAGCUCUUGUCGCGCAGCGUCCUCAUCCGCACGGUGGGGUCAUGGCAAGAGUUCCUCGACCCAUGGACAAACGAGUUUUACUACUUUGAAAUGUACACGCAAGACAGCCAGUGGCAUCCCCCCGACGAGUACUCUGCGUUCCUCGCAUGCGACUGGGUCGACUGCCGCUUCAAAGCCAGCACGACCAACGAAAUCCACGAACACAAACGAACGCAGCACACAUGGUACUGCGAAGUGUGCCAGGGCCGCAAUGUCGGGUAUACGUUCCCCACGUGCCCCACGUGCACCGUCGUGAUGAAUACCCCGACAAUCGUGCCACCCCAAGACUGGCCCCUCGCUUCGAGGCGGCAAUCGAUGCCCCCGAUCGCGCCGGCCUUGGCCACCCCCCAGUUUCCAGACAAGCCCCCCGUGAUUGCCCCCGCGGUUUCCCCUGGGCUCAGGGCCACGCAGGUGGCAAAACCAGACGGGGAGUCCAACGGAGACAGUGGCGACGAUCUCAAGUCGCUUGCAAUCGAUGCGCGGCCGUUGCCAUGUGACAUGGAGGGACUCGACCAUUUGCUUUGGAUUAGCGCGUUCAAAGGAAUGGAAGAAGCGUUCGCCAAGGCGCGAUUCGCGAGUGGGAGCUUGUACGUGGGGAACUUUGUCCACGGCACGGUGUUUCAUGGGUGGGGCGAGUACUAUUACGCCAACGGCGACCGAUACCGUGGGCAGUGGCAUCUUGGUCAGCGGCAGGGCGUUGGGCUCUGGAAUAGCGUGUGCGGGAAACGAUAUCAAGGGCAGUGGAACCAAGGCCGCCGCCACGGCAUUGGACUUCUCCAGCAUCCCAACGGCGAGGUGUAUCAAGGCGAGUGGGUCGACGGAAAGAUCCACGGACGAGGCAUCCACACGAGUGCAAACGGCGACUGCUACGAAGGGGAAUGGGUCGCUGGCGUACAUCACGGCUUUGGCACGUUUUCUCGGGUGGACGGGAGCUCGUACAAAGGAAUGUUUGAGCAUGGAAUGGCCCACGGCAUCGGGAUCCUGUCCGCGAAUGGCGAAGUGUACAAGGGCGAAUGGAGGAACGGCUUUCGAUGUGGCCGGGGCGUGUGCUACUACGCCAACGGAGGCGUGUACUCGGGAUUGUGGGACCGCGACGAGUGCGUCGGCCGCGGCGUCUUCAUCUCGAGCGUCGGCGAAAAGUACAUUGGCGAGUGGCAACACAACCUCAAGCAAGGCCGUGGCAAGUACAUCUUUGCGAACGGCGACGUGUUUGACGGGUCGUUCGUCGACAACCGCGCCACUGGCCUCGGCGUGUACCGCUUUGCGACCACGGGCGACGUGUACACAGGGCCAUGGCGGCACGACCGGUUUCACGGCCGAGGGGCGACGUACGUGUGGGCGAGUGGGUCCAUGUACGAAGGCGAAUUCGUCAACGGCCAUAUCGAGGGCCAAGGCCGCAUGACGUACCACAACGGCAAUCGAUACACCGGCAGCUUUGUUCAAGCUCAAAAGCAUGGCUCGGGCACGUUUGAGUGGCCCAACGGGAACGUGUACACGGGGACUUUUGAAUCGGGCACAGUCAACGGGAAGGGCGUGAUGAAGUACUCGAGCGGACACAAGUAUGACGGCGAGUGGAAAGACGAGCGGCGCCACGGACGCGGCACGUUCUGGUAUGCAAAUGGAGACGUGUUUGAAGGCGACUGGGCCGACGACGAGUUUCACGGCCACGGGACGUUCACGUGGCGACCUGGCAGCAGCAUGCAGGAGCAGUACAACGGCACAUGGCAUCGAGGCAUUCGCCACGGCCAGGGGCGGUAUGUGUACUUGGACGGGAAUGUGUACGAAGGCGAAUGGAAGGACGGGCGGCGCGAUGGCCACGGCGUGUACACGUGGGUACAUGGGGACGUGUACAUCGGCGACUUUGCCAAGGACGACCAGCAUGGCCAUGGCAUGGUCACGAACCAGGAAGGAGACGUGUACGAAGGCGGGUGGGCGCACAACAUUCGAUCGGGGGCAGGCGAAAUUCGGUACGCGGACGGGGGCGUGUUUGUCGGGACGUUUUCGAAUGGCGUCCGGCACGGGCACGGCGUGAGGACUUACCCCGAUGGAAACUCGUAUCGUGGGCUGUGGCUCGACGACAAGCGACAAGGCGGGGGCAUCUAUACCUUUCACGCCACGGCGUCCGACAAGAUCAAGCUCAAGGUGUUUGGGUACUGAUCGUGAUUUCAAACAGACGUGUCAAGUGUGCGAUUGUGUGCCUUGACAUGCGCCAACUAAGCGCCAAGGCGGGAGGUCCAAGAGGCUGGGCGGGCUCCAUGGAGCGCUGGCGUGUCGCGCGGUCACCUUGUUCACCCAUCGCUGAACGCAUAGCCUCUUACAUGCUUGAUGCGAG